UAGCCUUGUUGUAGACUUACAUGUUUGAUUCAGGCUUGCGAUUGGCAGUACAGCCGACCGUUCUGACAGAAGAAUUGCACAAAAUUGCAGUGGAGGAAGUGCAUUGGUUCUAGAGUCUAUACGCUUCUUGACAUCGUCGGUAUUUUGAUUCACUUGUUCAACCAGUUUUUGUGAAGUUUUAUUCUCCAGUCAUGAGCUUCAACCGUAUGAAAGAGAAAGUGGAAUAUGGAGAUACUGUUUUGGUUCACGUUGGUUUCGACAACAUGCUUCCUUUUAUUGUUCAGAAAGGUGUAACCCAUCAGACUAAAUUUGGAGCGGUGCGACAUGACAAACUGAUAGGCAAGAAGUAUGGAACCAAGUUUCAGUGUCCAAGAGGGUGGGUUUACAUAAUGCACCCUACUCCAGAACUGUGGACUCUAAGCCUGCCACACAGAACUCAGAUUCUUUACACAACUGAUAUUAGCAUGGUCAUUUUCCAACUGGAUCUAAAGCCAGGCUCAGUUGUUGUUGAAGCAGGCACAGGAAGUGGCUCUCUGUCACACGCUAUUCUCCGCACAAUCCAGCCGUCCGGUCAUCUUCACACUUUCGAGUUUCACGAAGAAAGAAGUAUGAAGGCACGUGAGGAAUUUGAAGACCAUGGUCUCUCACAGUUUGUCACAGUCACCCACAGAGAUGUGUGUGGAGAUGGUUUUCAGCUUGAAGGUGUGGCUGAUGCUGUGUUCUUGGAUCUUCCCCGACCCUGGGAGUGUGUUGGCAGCGCAAAGAAGGCCAUGAAAACAGAAGGAGGCAGGAUAUGUACAUUUUCCCCCUGCAUAGAGCAAGUCCAGCGGAGCUGUGAGGAGCUGUCCAAACAUGGCUUCUCCGAGAUCUCCACUAUGGAAUGCCUUCUCCGAAACUACAACAUACAGUUUGCAAAACUUCAAAAUAUGAACUUUGGUGAUGAUGAUGCUGAAGAUUCCAAGACCAGCGUGAAAGAUGCGGAGGACCCCUCAGCUACUUCACCAGUGAAGGGAGAUGGGGACAGUGGCAAAAAUGGAAGUGAUGACUGCACACCAGCCAAAGUUGCAAAGCAAGAACCUGAAGUGACUACGCCAAAGAGUUCGAACCCCAAGUCUAAAACAACUGCAGGCUCUUCUGAAGUUUCCUCUUAUUGCUUCACCAGUGCUGUGCCAGCUUUGCCCAUGCAAGGGCACACAGGGUUUUUAACUUUUGCUUCAUUGCUCACACAUUAAAGAAGUUCCACUGUUGAAUA